CCAGAGCGUUAGAGUGGCACGUGUGUGAUUGUGGGUCCAUCCUUCCCUGACCAUCUGCAGACCCAAAAAACAAAACGUCUCCUGUUGUUCUUACAGCGGGAUCUAAAGUUUCCCAAAAGACUGCAGAAGGACCAGAAGUUUUCGCUCUAACCGAGUCAAGCUGCUGAACUGUUUCCUCUGUGGGGCCCUCUGCAACUUCUUGCUGCAACUUGUCCUAUCAAACCUGCAGCUCGAAGUCUUCUCUUCACAGAUGAAGCUGAGACUUGCUUACUACGACCACUAUUAAAGAAUACAACCUCUACCUCUGAACCGGACCAGUGUCUUGAUCAGCCAUGGCUGUGCUGAGGUUCUACAGCAGUGAAGCUCUGAACGGUCGGGCCUUACAGAGAGCAGCUAAGCUCUGCCCUCAUCUGUCCGUCACGACGGAGCUGUGCUACAACGUGGAGCUGACGGGUUCUGAGAGUCUCAGUGCCGAGCAGAAGGAGGUUCUGCUUUGGCUGUUUCGUCCUCUCCUGCAGGUAGAACCGCUGUCUGAGGAACCGAACCUCAUCGAAGGCAGUGAGGAGAGGCUGGUGGAGAUCGGACCCAGGUUGAAUUUCUCCACUGCCUGGUCCACUAACGCUGUGUCCAUCUGCCAGAGCGCCGGCCUCGCUAACGUCACUCGAGUCGAGUUAUCUCGCAGGUUUCUCAUCAAGCCCAAGAAUGGACAGAGCGUGAGCGAGCUCGGAGCAGACGUAAAGAAGGUGAUCGAGUGUCUGCAUGACAGCAUGACCGAGUGUGUGUACCAACACCCCAUCAUGUCCUUCACCGUGGAAACCAAACCUCAGGCUGUGUUUGAGGUGGACAUCUUGGGGAAAGGUCGCAGUGCCUUGGAGAGGGCGAACGAUGAACUGGGUCUGGCCUUUGACUCCUGGGAUCUAGACUACUACACGUCAAUGUUCCAGAGAAUUAAGAGGAACCCCACCAGCGUUGAGUGCUUUGACCUAGCCCAGUCCAACAGCGAGCACAGCCGUCACUGGUUCUUCCGAGGGCGGAUGGUGAUCGAUGGGCAGGAGCAGGAGGAGACUCUUUUCAGCCUCAUAAUGGACACCCAGCGGCACAGCAACCAGAACAAUGUCAUCAAGUUCUGCGACAACAGCAGUGGCAUCAGAGGCACAGAACUCGAGUGUAUUUACUCUAAAGAUCCGUCUCAAGCGAGCCCGUACGAAACCCGGCGCUCAUUGCGACAUGUCAUCUUCACUGCAGAGACACACAACUUCCCAACUGGAGUUGCUCCGUUCAGUGGCGCCACCACGGGGACUGGAGGACGUAUCAGAGACGUUCAGAGCGCUGGACGAGGAGGACACGUCAUCGCUGGAACGGCGGGAUACUGCUUCGGAAACCUGUACAUACCAGGAUACAAGCUUCCCUGGGAAUCUGAUGGAGAAGGGUGGGAGUAUCCUUCCAGCUUCGCCCCUCCUCUGCAGGUUGCCAUCGAAGCCAGUGAUGGAGCGUCAGACUACGGCAACAAGUUUGGAGAACCUGUGCUGGCUGGUUUCGCUCGUUCCUUUGGGAUGCGGUUGGCUAACGGGGAGCGACGAGAGUGGAUCAAGCCCAUCAUGUUCAGUGGUGGUCUCGGGUCUAUUGAAGACGCACACGUGAAGAAAGAAGAGGCAGAACCCGGGAUGGAGGUGGUGAAGAUCGGAGGGCCGGUGUACCGGAUCGGUGUCGGUGGAGGAGCGGCCUCGUCUGUUCAAGUCCAAGGGGAUAACUGCAGCAAUAGAGAUCUGGGGGCAGUCCAGAGGGGAGAUGCUGAGAUGGAGCAGAAGAUGAAUCGGGCUCUCAGGGCGUGUUUGGAAAGAUCCGACGGGAAUCCGAUCUGCAGUAUUCAUGAUCAGGGAGCUGGAGGGAAUGGUAACGUGUUGAAGGAGCUGAGCGAACCGGCAGGAGCUGUAAUCUACUGCAACAGAUUUAAAAAAGGUGAUCCCACCUUGAGUGUGUUGGAGCUGUGGGGGGCUGAGUAUCAGGAGAGCAACGCUCUUCUGCUGCGUCCGUCCGACAGAUCCUUCCUAGAGAGGGUUUGUCAGAGGGAGAAGUGUCCUGCUGACUUUGUGGGAUACAUCACAGGAGAUGGGAAGGUUGUGCUGGUGGAUGAUGAGGCAGGCGAACAACCUGAUGGAGUGCGCCACCCCGUCGACCUUCAGCUAGAGUGGGUUCUGGGCAAGAUGCCACAGAAGGAGUUUAAGAUGGAGACACUGGCUGUUACUCAUCCCCCACUCAACCUUCCUGCUGAGCUGACUGUCAGAGACGCUCUGCAGCGGGUUCUACGCUUGCCCGCCGUCGCCUCCAAGCGCUACCUCACCAACAAGGUGGACCGGUCUGUGACUGGGCUGGUUGCCCAGCAACAGUGUGUUGGGCCUCUUCACACCCCAUUGGCCGACGUGGCUGUUGUUGCUCUGUCUCCAUUCGGCCUGGAGGGAGCAGCGACGGCCAUCGGGGAGCAGCCAAUCAAAGGGCUGCUCUGUCCAGCAGCAGGGGCUCGCAUGGCCGUCGGGGAGGCUCUGACCAAUCUGGUGUUUGCCAGAGUCACGGCGCUAAAGGAUGUGAAGUGUAGCGGUAACUGGAUGUGGGCCGCUAAGCUUCCUGGGGAGGGAGCGUGUCUGUGGGAGGCCUGCAGAGCCAUGUGUGAGGUCAUGGGUCAGCUGGGAGUCGCCAUCGAUGGGGGCAAGGACUCCUUGAGUAUGGCAGCGAGAGUCGGGAAAGAAACCGUCAAAGCUCCAGGUGCGCUGGUUAUUUCUGCAUACGCCGUUUGCCCUGACAUCACCGCCACGGUAACGCCUGAUCUCGAUGAUCCAGAUGGUAAAGGUGUGUUGCUGUGGGUUCCUGUGAGCCCAGGUCAUCAGCGUUUGGGAGGUUCUGCCUUGGCUCAGUGCUACAGCCAGCUGGGAGAUAGCUCUCCUGACCUGGACCAGCCCGGGGUGUUAUCUGCCUGCUUUAACACCACUCAGUGGCUCAUACAGGACCGUCUGCUCAGUGCAGGGCAUGACAUCAGCGAUGGAGGCCUCAUUUCCUGCCUGUUGGAGAUGGCGUUUGCAGGAAAUCGCGGCGUUGACGUUGAGCUGUCGUCAGCGGGAUUUGGAAUCAUGGAGCUGCUGUUCGGCGAAGAGCUGGGCUUGGUUCUGGAGGUUUCACAGUCUGAUCUGGAAACGGUUCAACGGAGAUACAGUGAAGCAGGCGUGGAGUGUCGUCGUAUCGGAAGAACCUGUGGUUUUGGACCAGAAGCACUGGUGCAAGUCCAAGUGGAUGGUCAGGAGGUUCUGAACGAAUCGCUGGCUGGCCUCAGAGCAGUAUGGGAGGAUACAAGCUUCCAGCUGGAGCGCCACCAGGCUAAUGAGCUCUGUGUGAAACAAGAAGAGGAGGGGCUUUUAAAGAGAACACAGCCGUUUUUCAAGCUGACCUUUAACCCUUUAGAAACGCCCGAUGUCCACCAGUUCACUGCAGGUUCUCCACGAGUUGCUGUGGUCAGAGAGGAGGGCAGCAACGGAGACAGGGAGAUGUCUGUGUCUCUCUUCAUGGCGGGUUUUCAGGUCUGGGAUGUUACCAUGCAGGACCUGUGCUCUGGCUCGUUAACCCUCCAGCCGUUCAAAGCUGUCGUGUUUGUUGGGGGAUUCAGCUACGCAGACGUCCUGGGAUCAGCUAAAGGCUGGGCUGCAACUGUAGCCUACAACCCCAAGGCUAAGGCUGCAUUUGAUCACUUCCAGCAGAGAGAGGACACGCUGAGUCUGGGAGUGUGUAACGGCUGUCAGCUGCUCGCCCUGCUGGGCUGGGUGGGACAGUCUGAGGAUGGAGCAAACUCUGAUGUGGUGCUGACCCAUAAUAAGUCUGGCAGGUUUGAGUCCCGCUUCGUCAGCGUCGGGAUCCAGAAGUCCCCGUCCAUCUGGCUCAGAGGCAUGGAGGGUUCUGCUCUGGGAGUGUGGGUCGCACAUGGAGAAGGUUUAAUGCAAUUCCGGAACUCCCAGGUCCAAAACCGGAUUAUUUCUAGUAGCCUUGCUCCCAUCCGUUACCUUGACGACCAGGGUCAUCCCACUGAAGAGUACCCACUGAACCCUAACGGCUCCCCACAGGGUAUUGCGGGGCUGUGCUCCCAGGAUGGGAGACACCUAGCCAUGAUGCCCCACCCAGAACGCUGCACCCUGGGCUGGCAGUGGCCCUGGGCCCCGAGGGGCCUGAGGCCUUCACUCGCCCCAUCCCCCUGGCUGAGCAUGUUCAAGAACGCUGCUGCCUGGUGCAGCAACACAGAUUAACAACAGUGUUGAAGUAAUUAUCGAACACAUUUUCUCCUGCUGUGAUGCUAAUGCAUCACUGCUGUGAGCCGGCUGAAGAGCGACGACCUUUUCAUAUCUCAGAAAAACAACAAGUCACUAAUCAGGUAACCUGACAUUAUCAGACGAGCACCUUUGAAACAUUCAGGCCUAACUUUCUAAUAAAUCAAUUAAAACGG